CCGACGCUCCCGCGUAGUCGCUAAGGAGGAGAUAGCUGCUCCUGGAUCUGGAGCUGGGGAGGGUCAGGAGGUUCCUUGAGAUGGAGUGGGGAGAUGAAUAUGCUUAUAAUUCUUUUGACAUAGAUUGUUUGUUAAAUUCAUUUCCUGGAGACCUAGAAUUUGAACAAAUCUUCAGUGACAUUGAUGAAAAGAUUGAGAGAAAUGCUGCAAGCCUUCAACAGUGUCUUAAAGAUAUCCAGUCAGAAGUUAACAAAAGGUGUGGUUCCGAUGUUCCACUACAGACUACAAGUGACUGCCUUGAAUGGUUAAAUAACUACAGUUCCGGUUCACUCAAACGACCUUCCUGUUCUCAUGGAGAUUUGAUCAAAUUCUUCAAAACCUUGCAAGAUUUACUGAAAAAUAAACAAAAUCAAGAAGAAAUGAUCCUGGAGUUCCUUUUGGAUGUCUCCAGUCAGUGUGGAGUUUCAUUCCCGUGUACCCCAAGUGGAACAUCUUUCCUAUUCACGUCUAGAGCUUCUCUACAUGCAGUUGAAGAUCACUCAUCUAUGGAUGUAAAGUCUCUUUGGGAUGACAUCAGAUUGCAUCUUCGACGCUUCUUACUGAGCAAAUUACAAAGUCAUAAUAAAAUAAACAAUGCACCACACACUAUCUCAUUUAAAACUCACUGCAUUCGACAGCUUUUGUUUCUUUAUCCAGAGUCAGAAGUUUUAGCCAAGUACCAAAGCCUACAGAAUAAAUUGGUUAUGCAACUCCUAGAGAAUUGUUUUUUGUCUUACAACAGAGAAGCAAAUUUAGACACACUGAUACAUGGAUACCAAAAUUCAAUACUUAAAUUAUGCAAAAUGAUCAAACAAGAUUUUUAUGUACUAAGUGAAAUUUCAGCUCCUUCUUCAGCACUAAAGUUCAUUAACGAAACUUACCUGGAUUCCAUUAAGGAAGAAAUGACAAAUUUUCUGGAAAGAUUUUGUGAACUGCAAUUCAAAGAAAAUGCUGUCCACAUGGUUAAAACAGGCAAGAGUUCCAGCAAACAUAGAGGAGCAGUGCAUGCUUUGGUUACUCACGAAUGCCCACGAAAAGGACGGACUAUCUGCCUCUCCUUGUAUGAACUCAGAUUCUUAUCACAACUCAUAAAACCUCUGUUAAAAUUGGAAAAGGAAGUUCAAGACCUUUCCCAAGAACUGCUCUUGCUGCCCAGGAUAUCCAGACAUGCUUCAGGAGUUUGGAAGAAACCUAAUGGAGAACUUUUAAUACAGGACGCUAGAGCAAAUGAAACUAGCAUACUACCUGAGAAAUUGCUGCAGGUAAAAGAGUAUACUUUACUAGAUUUUGGCUGGAGAAGUGCAUUUAAAGAGGUGUCUCUUUCGGUGUUACGGUGUUUAACAGUAGCAAUGGAAGAUCAUGCCACUCAAGUUCUCCAUCGUGAACAGAAUGAAAAAUCUUCAGCUGUAAACUAUACUAUGAGUCUUGUAAACAUUCAGUCAGUUUGGGAGCUGUGCAGAGUGACUCCUGAGGAAGACCAACCAAAAAAAAUUGCAAAGUUUUGUUCUGACAUCAUGGAAGAAGUUGACAUGAUGCUUCCCCUCGCUCUCACAUGCAGGGAUGGUUCAUUUCAGGAAAUUAGAGCAAACUUUGUGGAGGCCUGUUGCAAAGUAGCAACAGCUGUCCUGGCAAGGUUGGAAGAGAGAAGCAAGGAAGUUCCUUCCAAAAUACCCUUGCAAAAUUUAUAUACUCUUCUCGCUACAGCAAUAUUUGUCCUUCAGCAUUUUAUGCACUAUGAUGAUUUGAUGAAAGAAACAAGUAAGAAACCUCUGUUCCUAGCACCUGUCCAACGAUAUCAGGAACUCAUCAGUGCUCUGCAGUUUCAAGUUACGGACUACUGCGUCAGAGUGUGUGCCAUGAGCAUUUUACAGGAUGCAGAGAGCCACCACUGGGAUGACUGCAAAGCUUUUUAUGAGGGGGAAAGAUGCUCAUUCUCUAUCCAGAUGUGGCAUUAUUUCUGCUGUGCUCUCCAUCAUGAUCUGUGGGCUGUUCUACCCCCCAAGUUAGCCCAAGAGAUUCUCGUAGACGUGGUGGAGAAAUCUUUGGAUCUGCUGGCUUCCAGAUAUUCUCAGGCCCAUCCCAGUUAUAAGAGAACUCCACAGAUAAGAUUUGAUGUUACUGCAAUCUUAAUAUGCAUUGAGGAAAUACUCUGGUCAAUUUGUAGAUCAGUGCAAGAACUUUUGAAUCCUUGUGAAUGUAUAAAUGAAAAGAUCUUGAAAAUUCACACCCACUGCAACACUCUGUUUACAACAAUGAUCAUUUUGACAUCACCAUUAACAGAAUUAUAUAAGGCAUUUCAGAAUGGCACUGAUGAUCUUCUGUCAGAUUCUUCAGAAUCACCUUUCAAUCAACCACUACACUGGAUUUCUUGCAUAGAACAUUUCUCUCCUUCUUUCCUUAGGACUCUAUCAGCUGGAGAAAUAGCAGUCCAGGGUCGAUUGAAACUGCUCUUAUCCCAACCCUGUUGUAAUUGGAACUUGCUUUUGGAAACCCUCCUGCAUGAUGAUUGUCUGAUACUAAAAAUCUUGUUGAGGAGUGAGUUUAGUGUUGAAGGUACCUUAUCAAAAUACGAAGAAAAAGUUCCUCAUGCGGGAAAGAUGCCUAACCAAGAACCUAGUUUGACAGAAGCAAUCUUCAAGUUGCUAUCCUAUUGCAGUCUUUCUCCUCAGUCACUUGGAAGGGUCUUUGUCAACUAUAUGGAACUGGAGCAAUUAUGGGAUUUUUUAUAUGACAUUACAGCUAGAAGUAACAUGGAGUCUGAACCAGUGAUCAUUAAAUGCUUGAAGCUGGCAUUGACUGAGGCGGUCAAGAGCAUCAUAAAGCAAAUAACUUCAUUGAUGACUUCUUGGGAAGCAACAGGAAGCUAUGGAGCAUACCCACACAAACAAACUUUUCCUGAAAGUUUACUUAAGACAAUUCCAAAGGAAUGGAGUUAUAGUCCAAAAGAAAUGAAAAGAAAAGAAUUGGGGAAAGGCUUCACAAGGUUUGCAGCUCAGGCGGUGUCUAUUGUAAUCAGCGAGUUACCCACCGUGAUUGCAUGUUUGCCUCCCCCAAUUAAGUACUUCUUUUUUCUGUCUGAGAGAAAAAUGUCAAAAAACUUUGUUGAAUUGAAGAAAACUGGUCUGCUUGUCUGGAACCUGAUUGUAAUUAUAUGUCGGAUAGUUGAGGAUGGAAACACCUUGGAAUUUUUAACGGGUGCCUUGCUUGGCAGUUGGAGUAAAGAGAAACUUGGUUUAGUUUGUGUGUGUUUAGAAAGCAUUAUGGGAAAGCAGAAAAGUAGCCCUAAUCAAGUGACCCAGCGGGUUAUACACAGAAUUGAGCAGCAAAAACCAAACUGGAUUGAAAGCCAGUUGCUGAAAGCAAGAAAAUUGAGCACAGAAUGUGUUCUUACGAUGGUAGAAGAAGGCACAGCCUUAGAAGAAGGAGGUAUUGUUCUUGAAUUGACUGAGCAGAAAAUAAACAUGAUGGUCCUGGAUAUCUGCCACAAACCAGGUGGCAGUGAGUACCUGAGGCAAAUUUAUCACAUCAUCCAGCUCAAUGAGGAAUAUUUGAAAGAACAGCUGUUUUCGAUGAAUGUACCAGAGGAAAACACAUUACCCACCAGACCUUUAAAAGUGACCUUGAAGAGCCUGGAAAAGCAGCCUCCUGCCUUUAACCCUUUUCAGGUGUAUAAGUGGUUUAGUGAAAAAAUGCUGGAUCAGUCAGCCAUAACUAAAUGGGACUGGAAUUGGUCAAACUUGCUGCCAAGUUAUCUGGGACUGAAUAAGACGACCUUCAGGGCACUGCUUAAGAACAGGUGGGAGAUGAGGAUAGAUGAAACACUAGAAGAGGAAGAAAAAGUGAUGCUGGAACACUUGAAAACAAUGUGUUUGAUCCAGAGCUCGUCUGCCUCAGAUAACCCAGAGGAACAGUAAAUCUGCAAAAAGGAAAAAAAAAAGGCAACUGAUAUAUUUUAGGAAGUCUUAGCAUGCCAUGGAGCAUGUUUCAUCCUAGAAUCAGAAUACACCUCAGAUGUGCUGUGAAGCAUGAAACCAAUGUCUUAAGUAAGCCCUGGACUGAAAAUGAGUAGUUAUUAAAGCAUAAGAAACAUGGUGGUGUUAUAUAUUUUUAUUUUUAAGAUUAUAGUUUAAAAUUAGCUUUUUAAACUUGUCUUCUGUGAUGGCUGCUACCUUGCCUUGUCUUUGGAUUUCUUCAUUUUUUUUCUCAUUGUCUUUUUAAAGCAUCUGUGAAAAUAGGCCAAGUUCUUGGAACAUAUCAUCCCUCCGGAUUAUUUGAUAUAUGUGGAGCAGUACUAAAACAGAAUGAUAUUCUUAAAGGGAUCAUGAUCAUCCUAGUCCUCCAAGUCCAGAAUUUUGGAGGCAUCUUCAAUUACUCGGCCACCAUCAGUCCCCAAAUGCAGUCUGUCACAAAGUCCUUCCUUUCUCUGUAUUUGCUUUAUAGACCUCCAUUUAUGUUAUGGUCCUAGUCUCUAAUAUCUCUCCUAAAUUACUACAGUAGUCAAUGUACCAGCCUCCCUGCCUCAUUGCAGUAACAAGAAUUGUUUUCCUAUAAUAACCUCUGAGUCUAAGCACUUUGCUCUGUUGUGGGCUUCUCUUGCUGCUCCCAUUCAAUUAAAGUUCCUUUAAAUUAAAUUAAAUCCAAAGUGGUGCUUUAAGAUCAUCUACCAAUUGGCCUCCUGCCUUGCCAACUGCCUUUGGAAGAUCUAUGAGACAACUCGCUAUAUACCCUGACUCAUAUUCUCUGCUGCAUAAAAAGCAAAACUAUCUUCCCCCCAAACCUGGUAAGUAUGUUUAUAUCUGUAAAAACUGUGGGAAUAUAUUGAUGCUCUCUCACCUCUGAGCCAUCACACUUAACAUUGCCCCAACCAGAAAUACCUCCCCCUACUCACUUCCACUAAACUGUUCCUUUUCCGUCUCUAAAACUCAUCCACUUCCAAGACACCUUUCCAGAAAUUCACCUGCCUUGGGUCAUUCUGGCAAUCCUUACUUCUAUUUCCAUGUGUCCUCCACUUCCAGGCAUUAUUAUGACUUGUGUGUAUGUCAUUGAGUGUCUACUCUCCUGGCUACUAUAGACCUAUAGUUAGUUAUGAAGAUUUAUUUUUCUGUCACUUGCAUUUAUAUAAUAAUAUUUACAUUUGCCAUGAUUAUGCCCUUACCUUUAAGGACCUAACAGAGUAUUCUCCAUGGAUUGAGUGCUCACUAGCUCCUAUGGAAUGGCUAAUUGGCAUUGAAAAAAAGGAGAGUAGGAGUGAGAUAACUGGAUUGUGUAAUAGUCUAUAAGACAACUGGCCAAAGCUUCAUCAUAAGGACCAUUUAAAACUAAAUGGGAUAAAACAUGAGAGAAUCGACUUCUCAGGAUAAGUAAUAGAUCUUUCAUUUCACUAUAUUCUAUAAUUCCUUUAAAAUAUUUCUAUGCUUUUUUAUUCAAAAGGGAAAAGGUUCUUUUGUUUUGUUUUGUUUUUACCAUUUUUUGAAAAUGGGUUGAGUACAUUGAAGGAUGGCGGCUACAGAGAAUCUCUUGCUUUAUUUCUUUAAAUAAAAAUGCACAAAUGGCCUAUGUAGCUGCCUGCCAAAUAAACUACUUUAUUUUUAAGAGUAUACUUUAUUUGGCCAGUAUAGUCAUGAGCCUAAUGCUUUAGGACAUGGCAGAAGGAAUUUCUUAAAAUGGGAGAAGCUUUUUUGUGACAGAAGAGGCAGACAAGUUUAAAAGUAUGCAGCUCGUAAAUAGUUAUGAGAAGAAAACUUUAAGAGUUCUGGACUCUCCCAUCUUAUUUUACUAAUCCAUUAAGUCAAAGAUAGCUUAUUAAUCCAUUAUGUUGAAUGUGAAACUCACUAUAAAUGCUUACCACAGCAGUCAACAUAAGGCAACAGAGGACUUUAUUAAAGUGAUCUUGGUACUUCUCUGUGUGCUAAACUUGAAAAAGAGUUGUGUGUUCUUUACUGAAAUGAGCACUAAAAUGGAAAGUCAGUAUAAAAAUAAAUUGACCUGACAACCACAUAGAAGAACUUGAGAGUUUCCAAAUGCCAGCGGCUUUUCUUGUUGACUUUAUCUACCUAAUGGUCAUCUCCUAAAACCUAUGGGGCCUGAAUUAAUUAUCCUGCAUUAUGAGACAUUUCUCUAUCAGUUAUUAGCCAAAUAACAGGCAUGGUUCAUCUGGAACCUAAGAUUUCCUUUUUGAGCCCAUUUCAAA